AUGCAAUCUCACGCCUCACACCACCCGUGCAGGAAUCUGAGCCACUCAAGCCUCACGGGCACCAUCCCUGAUUCCUUCACCUCGCUCUCCAACCUCAUUUUCCUGGAUCUGAGCUACAUCGGGGUGGCUGGGGAUCUGAGCUACACAGGGGUGGCUGGGUCAGUGCCAUGGGGCGUCAACAGCCUGGGGCAGCUGCAGGCCUUGUACGGCACCCCCAGCAUCUUCUGCAACGACAGUGCCACCUGCCCUGCCGCCUCUCCACCGCCCGACAGCCCGUUGCCCCCUGCUGCACCGCCAGCCAACUCGUCUGCGCCCAACACCACCUGCCACGUGUGCCAGAGCUACUGCCUCGGCUGCUCCUCCUCCCCCUCUGCUACGGCCAUCGACUCCACCAGUGGUCUCUCCGCAGGAGCCAUAGCAGGCAUAGUUGUGGCGGCACUCCUUGCACUUGUCGCCCUCGCCCUCCUCCUCUGGUUCCUCUUCCGACCAACUGAACCUGCGUGCAAGCAAUACUCACUGGCAGACAUCCAGCAGGCCACCAACUUCUUCUCGGAGGUGAAAGCGAUGGCGCGGCUGCAGCACCCAAGGCUGGUGCCACUGCUGGGGUAUUGCAUCGACUACAACGAGAGCAGCCGGCAGAUGGAGCAGAUCAUCGUGUCUCAGUUCAUGCCCAAUGGGGACCUCUCACACAGGACAGGUGCAGGAGCCAAGCCCAUGUCGCUGCGGCAGAGGCUGGCAGUGUUGGUGGAUGUGGCGGAUGGGCUGAGCUUCCUCCACAGCCGUCGGAUCGUGCACCGCGAUGUCAAGCCGGCCAAUGUGCUGCUAGAUGCCAACAUGCGGAUUCAGAGUGCUGAGGCUGGAGCUGCAAACAGUUUUGGAGUGCUGGUGCUGGAGCUGCUGACAGGCAGGGACCCCAUUCUCUCUGUUGAUGGCUCUCAGUCACACAUCCGGGAAUGGGCGACAGCAGAGCUCUCUAGCAGUGACGUUAGCUCCAUCAUUGACCCGCUGAUGGCCUCCCCAGCUGCCUCUACCAGUGACGUUAGCAUGGUGCAUGCUGACGUCAUGCAGAGCCUUGCAUCCCUGGCGCUGGAAUGCACUGCCAUGCCCGCUGCCUCGCGCCCCUCCAUGGCCAAAGUGCUCUCACAGCUGAAGCAGCUACACCAGGAGGUGGUCAGGCGGGAGGGGGAGAGUGGGUUGGAGCAUGGAAGCGGGUUUAUAGGGGUGGAUAUGGGGGUGGGAGGGGUUGGAGGAGUGGGUGGGGCGGUCAAGGAGAAGUGGGAGAGCCUAGCAGAUGGGCCAUCAGCGGUGAGUGUGACCCCGGUGACGGCUGUGAGGGAUACGACGGGCAGCUUGGAAGGGAAUGAGUGCUCGAGUGCGAGUGGAAGCAUUGCUGGUCAUCGCACCUGA